CGUCACGUGCCGCCGGGGCUGUUCCGUCGCUCAGGGCUGCGGCUCGCCGGAGUGGCGCUGGCCCCACCAUGAUCAAAGCCAUUCUCAUCUUCAACAACCACGGCAAGCCGCGGCUCUCCAAGUUCUACCAGCGCUACAGUGAAGAUACACAGCAACAAAUUAUCAGAGAAACCUUCCACUUAGUAUCCAAACGUGACGAAAAUGUCUGUAAUUUUCUAGAAGGAGGCUUAUUAAUAGGUGGAUCUGAUAACAAACUGAUUUACCGACACUAUGCCACCUUGUAUUUUGUGUUUUGCGUGGAUUCUUCAGAAAGUGAGCUUGGCAUUUUAGACCUGAUACAAGUAUUUGUGGAAACACUAGACAAAUGUUUCGAAAAUGUCUGUGAGCUGGAUUUAAUUUUCCAUGUAGACAAGGUCCAUAAUAUAUUGGCUGAAAUGGUUAUGGGUGGAAUGGUUCUGGAGACCAACAUGAAUGAAAUUGUCACUCAGAUUGAUGCUCAGAAUAAACUGGAAAAAUCUGAGGCUGGUUUAGCAGGAGCUCCAGCCCGGGCUGUUUCAGCUGUAAAGAAUAUGAAUCUGCCAGAGAUCCCAAGAAAUAUUAAUAUUGGUGACAUCAGUAUAAAAGUGCCAAACCUGCCCACUUUUAAAUAACAUGGCUACUCCAGGUAAAACCAAGGGAAAAUGUAAUAGACGUUUACCACAUACUUGUUUACUAAAUAAAUGAUAUGUCUGACUUUUAGUAUUUGAGUAAAACUCAAGGUACUGUAUAAACAUUAUUGGAAAAAUCAAUGUGUGGGGUUGAACAUUGCUUUUGUCUUGUUUGUGAAAUUAAAGGAAAUGGGUAGUUCCUGUGUGAUUUCUGAGCUACAUUCCUAUGCCCUUGUAAGGCAUAUCACUGUGUUUUGGCUGCUGCAGUAUUUUGGGGAAGUAUGACCUAUAAUGCUGAGUUUUUUGUAUAUUCAAUAAGGUCUAUAAGUAGUGCAUUCUUUUACCACUUCUGUUGUUUGUCAUGAUUAUUUAAGUGUGAAUAUUGCAUGAAAACAUCAAACUCAUUUAAAUAAAAUCAUAGCAAACUGGUCUUCUAAAUAUGUGUUUGUCUAAAAUCUACUCUUCGCAAUAAAUCACUUCUACUUCCUAUUCAUUAAGACAGUUCACUAUACAUAAAUGCUGUUGUAGCAAACAUUAAUGCUGUAUUUCAGUCUUCGAGGGAAUUACAGUAGAGUAUUGUAUUGAGUGCGUUGGCUCUUUACAUUUCUCACAAAAUCUGUUCUUUAUUAUUCUGAAGGAAAUACUGCCCUUACUGAAGGUUUUCUGACUUCUGUUUACAUAGAAAUGUUGAGAAUAUACUUACACAAUCUGAUAGAUUUCACCUCAUGGUCUGACUUUAUUCUCAGAGAAGAGGGGACCCAAAUGGAUGCCUGCAGUUGCUUGUGUGUGUUGUGGGAAGUACAGAAUGGGUUGAGAUCAUUGGGCAGCUCAGAACUGAAAAUGUAAAUGUGUCAAGUAAUGUAAUAAAGAAAAAGACUCUAGAAGAAUGUUAAAAAAGUUACUUUAAAGGGCCUCUGUGCCUGAUGAAGUUCAUAGUUCUUAACAUCAAGAAUUAAAUGUAAGAGUUAUUUACCAUUGUCAUGACCUUGGAAAAUCUUAAGUACUAUCACUUUUGUGUAAGUUGCUCAGCUCUUAAACUCUUCUGUGAAUUGAAAAGGUAAAUAAAGGUAGUGAUUGAUUUUUAUAGUCAUGCUCUUAAGCUCUGUGUGAUGUACAAAAAUGCUCAAAUGAAUAAUAAAAAUAUCAUUGGGAUAUUUAA